ACCACUCUGGGGCUCCCGUGGCGGCCUCUCGUGCGAUCGAGGUCGCGCAGGCCCUGGAGAGCGACCCGGGGCCCCUGCUCUCCGCUCGGGAGUUCGGAAGAGGGUGGUUCGCCGCCGCCCGAGGGCCAGAGCGCGAGGGGAGCAAGUAGAAGGAGCGCUCGCCCGCCCGCCGCCUCGCUGCCUCCCCGGCGCUCGCUCUCCCGGCUCCUAGGUUUGCUGGCUGCUCCUCCCACCCGCGUCCGCCUUCUUGCUCACUCGCUCGCUCUUUCGAACGGGUUUCCAAACCUAGCUGUGCGCCCGGGCCAGUGUGGGGCGAGGAGCCCCCUGGCCAGAACCGAGCCGGACGGGGCGGGGGGACGGUCGGGGCAGACAGCAGCGGGCCCAGGAGGGGCCAUGUCCGGCGCGGGCGCCGCGGGGCCCAUCUGCUGCAAGUGACCUAGCGGCGUGGACCGCUGACUGACCCCCCUCACCACCUGGGGCGGCGCGGGCCCCGGUCCCGGGUGCCCAGAGCCCGGGUCGCGCGUAGAGCCGGCGCGAUGCACGUGCGCUCCCUGCUCGCCGCAGCGCCCCACAGCUUCGUGGCGCUCUGGGCGCCCCUGUUCCUGCUGCGCUCCGCCCUGGCCGACUUCAGCCUGGACAACGAGGUGCACUCGAGCUUCAUCCACCGGAGCCUCCGCAGCCAGGAGCGGCGGGAGAUGCAGCGCGAGAUCCUCUCCAUCUUGGGCUUGCCCCAUCGCCCGCGCCCCCACCUCCCGGGCAAGCACAACUCGGCGCCCAUGUUCAUGCUGGAUCUGUACAACGCCAUGGCGGUGGAGGAGGGCGGCGGACCCGGCGGCCAGGGCUUCUCCUACCCCUACAAGGCGGUCUUUAGCACCCAGGGCCCCCCUCUGGCCAGCCUGCAAGAUAGCCACUUCCUCACCGACGCCGACAUGGUCAUGAGCUUCGUCAACCUCGUGGAACAUGACAAAGAGUUCUUCCACCCGCGCUACCACCACCGGGAGUUCCGGUUCGAUCUGUCCAAGAUCCCCGAAGGGGAAGCCGUGACCGCGGCCGAGUUCCGGAUCUACAAGGACUACGUCCGGGAACGCUUCGACAACGAGACCUUUCGGAUCAGCGUGUACCAGGUGCUGCAGGAGCACUCGGGCAGGGACUCAGACCUGUUCCUGCUGGACAGCCGCACCCUCUGGGCCUCGGAGGAGGGCUGGCUGGUGUUCGACAUCACGGCCACCAGCAACCACUGGGUGGUCAACCCCCGGCACAACCUGGGCCUGCAGCUCUCCGUGGAGACCCUGGAUGGGCAGAGCAUCAACCUCAAGUUGGCGGGCCUGAUCGGGCGGCAUGGGCCCCAGAACAAGCAGCCCUUCAUGGUGGCCUUCUUCAAGGCCACCGAGGUCCACCUGCGCAGCACCCGCUCCACAGGGGGCAGGCAGCGCGGCCAGAACCGCUCCAAGACGCCCAAGAACCAGGAAGCCCUGCGGAUGGCCAACCUGGCAGAGAACAGUAGCGCUGACCAGAGGCAGGCCUGCAAGAAGCACGAGCUGUACGUCAGUUUCCGAGACCUGGGCUGGCAGGACUGGAUCAUCGCACCUGAGGGCUACGCUGCCUACUACUGCGAGGGGGAGUGCGCCUUCCCCCUGAACUCCUACAUGAACGCCACCAACCACGCCAUCGUGCAGACACUGGUGCACUUCAUCAACCCGGACACGGUGCCCAAGCCCUGCUGCGCCCCGACUCAGCUCAACGCCAUCUCUGUCCUCUACUUCGAUGACAGCUCCAAUGUCAUCCUGAAGAAAUACAGAAACAUGGUCGUGCGGGCCUGUGGCUGCCACUAGCCCCCCUGGAAGUGAGGCCCUGGGGGGCCGCGUUUUCUGGGGUCCUACAUCUCCCCACCCCACGGCCCCACCGCCCACCGCAGCAAGGAGCCAGCAGACCGACCGCCCUCUGCCGCACCUUCCAGUCGCCCGCGCCAACCUGGACGGUGCAGGAGCAUCAGGGACUUUGAGCGGCAAGUGGCUUUCAGUCAGUUUUUUAUCGUCACCCUACGGACCAAACCCAACCUGCUGCUGUAGGCAAAACCUAACAGGAAGAAAAACGUAUAAAGAGAAACUGCCCCCCACGGUCACGGGCUGCGACGUCUCAGCCAGGUGCUGACCGGCCCCCGGGGUGACUAGGGGCGCCCUUUGGCCAGACCGCCCAGCAGCGGCAGAAAAGGACAUGGCGAGGGGUGGGCACGUGGGCGUCUGUGCCCGAGGAAGAGUGACGCGGAAGUUCCUGUAAUAAAUGUCCCAAUAAAACGAAUGAAUGAAAAUGGUUAGGAUGUUACCGAUAUAUUUUCCUAAACAGUUGAUUCCCAUUUCUUGGUUUACUCUGAUUUCAUAAACAGAAGCUGUGGCCGGCGGAGCGCGGGGGAGAGGCCCCCUCCCUUUAGUCCAUUUGGGUUUUGCCUGAGGUUUCCAGAGACCUGGGGUUCACAUGGACUUGCCCAAAUCCAAGAUUCAGCCAGGGAGGGAAGGGGCAAAUUUCUGCUCAGAGGAAGGGGCAUGUUGACCUUGAAGGAAGCCCGUUUGGUAGUUCAGCGCCGGGUGGGGUGGCAGAAAUUAAAAGUAGUCACUGAAGCCCUGGCAGAUGUUUGCGAGUGGUUCUCCCGCACCCUCCAUGCCAGGACGGCAGCGUGAAGGGCAGCCUGGAGGAUGGCAGCAUUCGGCCAGAACCUGCAACUUGACCCUGACCGCUGGCCCAUGUGGCCCUGUUUAAAGAAGCGCCAAGGAAACCUAGCUCUCACUAGGGCUGCCAUCUAUGCCCCAAGGAGGAUCGUCUGUUGUUCAUUGCUGGCCGUGUUCUGAAGUCUGGGUUCAGACUGGGCCUAAGGAGGCCCCCCUCUUUUCAUUGGCAGACCCCUACUGGGGGUUCUGCAAGCAGUCGGCUCCUUGAAGGCUAGUGGGGGGGAUGCUGGGUGUCGGGUGUGCUGGGCGUGAAUCUCAAAUGGAAGGACCUAGAAGCGUUUUGACAAUGGUGUUCUAAUCUAGUGUCCUGACUUAAAGGUGCUGUUUCUGAUAUGGCUCUUGGCCAAAGCCUUCCUCACUGUGUCCAGUGGGCCCCCCUAAAUCGUGUGCACCCCACCCUGCCCCCAGCUCCAGCACAGGGCUUGCAAUGCAUGGAGCUGUCUGUGAACAAAGACCAGGGUUCCCCAGUAGGUCCCUAAAGCCUGCUCUGGGGGGAGGAGCUGUUUUUCCUCCAUGAUUCAGUGGGUCACUGGAAACUUUGGGGAAACUUUGUUUUUUACUUCCUUUUGUUUUUUCUUCUUCAGUAGCUUGGGCUGCAGCCUUCGCUCUGCUUGGUCAACAGGGCAGAGUUGCGGUUUUUGUGGUUUUUGUUACAUUUUGUUUCAUCUGUUGGCAGAUCUGAGGAUUUUCCUGUGACGCCCUCUUGGUGCAAGUUUUCUCCCCUGUUAUGCCAAACAGCCUCUGGUUAGCCUCGUUUGUACAUUGAAAUGUGUAAAUAGUUGUUACAAAAGAAAUUAUUUAUGUCCAUCAGAAGCUCUUUCUAGACCCUCCAUCAGUUGCUUGUUUGGGACGAUGAGUUCGCCACCCCCAACCUGCUUAUUUUCUUAUUUAAGACUAUUUAUUAACGAUCGGACCCGUGUAUCUCCAGCUGUUGCACAGAGCAGUCCUUGGCGAGAAUUCUGUAUAAAUAGACGAAA